GUGGUGGUGGAGAAGUUGAUCCGAGGCCUGGCCAUGGAGGACAGUAGAAACAUGUUUUCCCUGUUUCAACACAACAACACUACGGACCGCGCUGUGGAGAGCAGAGUCAUCGUGGCGGACGUACUCGCCAAGUUUGAGAGGCUGUCAGGCAGUGAGGAGGUGGAGGAGGAGGGACAGUGGAGGCUCUACUUCAAACUCUACUGUUUCCUGGAUGUAGAGAGCAUGCCCAAGGAAGGGGUGGAGUUCGCUUUCAUGUUCGAACAGGCUCAUGAGUCUCUGACCAGCGGUCACCUCCCGGCCCCAGAAGACACCCUGCAGCACCUGGCCGCUCUCAGGCUCCAGUUCCUCCACGGGGACGAGGCCCGGGUCAGCUGGUCUCUGGACACCGUCUACCCUGUAGGGAGGCUCCGCGCACGCAUCCUGCACUUCACCAAGGUGGGCGCGGCGGGGCCUGUGGGCCAAACCCUUGAGCGGAGGCGGACCAGCUUCCUGGGCGGGACCCUGCGCCGCAGCGGAGCUGAAGACUGGGCUCCAUGA